UUAGCAAAUAGCAAUGAAAAUUGAAAAUGUUGAUGGCGUUUGUGUUUGUUUAUGUGUUUUUGUUCGUAAAUAAAUGAAUAUUGUCCGACUUCAAAAAUACGUGUACGAAUUCUCCUGGGGAUAAUUCACCCCAGAGGGUAAUGUUAAAGAAACGAUAGAACAAUGCAACCUCUUAUAUCGCCAGUGGAUCAUGAGACUCGCAGGAGUUCUUUUCAGCGUGAUGAAGAAUCACAGGCCAGGCCAUCAGAAGAUACCCCACUCAUAAACAGAUUUCCUGAUAACCACACUAUAAGACAGAGGAAUCUAGUCACAAUAAUAACUGUUGGUUUCCUGCUAUCAAUUUUAUUAGCGGGUAUUAUAAUAGGCAUAUAUUUACUCAUUCUUCAGAGUAACUCAGAGAACAUUCUACCACCCAUCGAUGAUACGCUCCAAGUUUUGACCGUUCCCCGUUCGAGCGUGGAAUCGCUCAGCUUACGAGCAAUAUACGAGGCCGCGAGUGUGGUUGUGACGCACACAGACACGCGGCAGUGUGACGUCACGGCCGAAUGUUUGCAGUUGAUUAACGAGAUACAGGUGGCGAAUAAGAACGAGAUGGCAUACAACUUUUUGGUGUCAUCAAACGGCUUGCUACUCCAAGGUCUCGGUUGGAAGCAAUCUAUGGUUAACCCUGAUUCUACACUUAUUGUAGCCUUUAUAGGUAAUUUCACAGACACAACGCCGCCACAACCCCAAAUCGACGCAUUCAAUGACUUGCUAGCCAAAUCUGUGAGUCGACAUUUCCUAUCUCCAAACUAUAGUUUAAUCGGUAGAAACGGUAAACAUACUCCCACCAAAUUAUUUGAUAUUUUGUCUAUAAAAACAGUAGAAUAAAUACGUUGACGCUAUAAAAUAUAUUUAUAGAGGAGUUUGUACCUUUUGUGUAUCGUAUUAAGGUUGAUAAUAAGAAAUUGUAACAAUAGUACGUCUGUACAGAGCCAAACAAAAGCUGUAUAUAAAGUAAACGUUUUACACGAUUAAUAGUUAUACAGUAUACUUGUUAGAUCUUUGUUGACUUACUAUAAAGUAUUUAUUGUGUGUACGAAAUAUUGUAAGAGGGCAAGAUGGUAUGUGAUAUUUAUGCCAACCGAUAUUUUAUAAUUAAGAUUGUAUCUCAAAGGAUUAGCCUUUACUUUAUAUUAAUUAGAAUUAUAUAAUUCCACAUAUAAAUAAUUCGAAUAUUUUUUACAUUACGAUGUGAUAUUGUACAAUGUAAUAUGACACAUAAUUUUGUAUAUUAGAAUAGAAAUUUUAAUUUAAUUGGUUUUAUAAAUAUAUAAAUAUUAUAAGUCUACAAUUCAAUUGUAGAAAUGAGGUAGCAACAAGGUUCAAGUAGAUUAUGGAAAAAAAACCAUAGAGUAGUUAUAGUAAAUAAGAAAAUGUAUAGAUUUUAAUGAAAUAAUUGACUAGCUUCCCUAAUUUCAAGCUUUUAAUCUGUGCAUUUUUCUUAUAUAAUUAUACAAAUUUAUUUGUGUAUUGUCUAAUUUAAAAUUGUAAGUAUAUGUACAUACUACAUAUCAUAAAAUGGAAUUGUUAAAAUGUGAUAACUAUAUUGUAUUUAAAUUUUAAAUAUUAGUCAACCAAAUUAGAAACAUUAGGUAAUUAACGUGUGUCCAAAAACUUAGUUAUAUUAUAUUAUUGUUAUUAAUGAUUCUUGAAUAUUGUUGUUAGACUUUUAGUACUAAGUUAUAUAUAUAUUAUUAUUUUAAUUGUAACAAAAAGCUAGCCAUGCUAUUAAUAUAUUUAACAAUUCACGAUAUAUACGAAAAUUGAAAGGUUCGCUUACCAAAAAGGCAACACAUUGCUAAACAGCUUAAAAUUUGUUUAGUAGAUAAUACACUUCAAAUUUGAGUGACAUCUUAUUACGCACCCUAGUUAGCAGAGUAUACUGGCAGGCACCUAACUUGGUUGCAUUAGUUCGCGCAUUGUAGACUUAGGUAAGCCUAAAUUAGUCAAUUUUAUGGCUUGUUAUUGCUAUCAAAUAUCUUUCGUGCGCCAUUAUCGUAUAUGUUUAGAAGAAAGUAAAAGAAAGGAGAGGAAUUCUUGAAACGACUCUUGCCAAGUUACGUGCCAAGGGCUAUAAUGUGGAAACAAUAUAGAGAUAACAAGAAAUAUUCAGAUGUACGUUGCAUAUACAGAUACUAAAUGAAUAAAAUUAAAAAGAGAAAUUCUUUUUCCAUAGAAGAAAUUGGCAUUCGACGUGUAAACAAUUAUUUCAGUGCUACAAGGUUCUUUUGGGUUAUAAGACAAUGGCAGGCAUGAAUAUAAGGGUUGCCAAUAAAAAAAAAACUUUUGUUUCAGGGGGUUAAAAAAGACGCUAAGUCAAUUAUCUAGUUUAUAUAAAAUUUUUCCGAAAUUUUUAGGUAUUAAACUUGCAAAAAUAUUACAACUUCACAUAAUUUUCUGGAAGUCUUAAUCAUAUUUGUUAGUCAGGUCUGUCGCUUUAGAAUUACUGAUCGUCUUAUAAAGGCGAAAGCGGUUUGUUUCUUAGUUGGUCUUACAGAUAGUAACAGAGCGAAUCUAUUGUAUAUACAUAGCGAGGCAAUGAAGCAAAUGUUUCCGCUGUGACACAUCUAAUUUCCAUGAGUAUUUAUUUCCACUGACCGCGUGACCGAAGCUACGCGAUUGAUCUCUGACUCUUAUUGAGGCGUAAAUAUUUUGACAUUUUGUACUAUGUAGGUAUAUUGUAUAUUUUUACGUGUUGCGUCUCAUUUUAGUAUAACUUGACUAGAUCUGAGUUAUAUAUAAAGGUGUCAGUUGAUUUUAUUACAUUAACAUUUCGCAUGUUUUGCAAUUUAAUCCGAUUUAAAAUGGCUUAUCUGUUAUCCGCUAAUUUAAUUUUAACAUCGCUUUACCAUAUCAAUUUAGUUUUAAUUAUUAGAGGAAGAUGUAUUGUCAUAAAAUAAAUAUUUGUUUACUUAAACGCGACGUCAUAUCAGACAAUUUUUAAUUAAUUUUGAUUUUUUGAGAUCAAAAUUCGAAACCAAAAGAAACUAUCAAUAGCUUAAUUAACUUGGAAAAUAUAUAAUAGGGAUACGAAUGUAUAUAUUGAUAAGGGAUGUUUGAGGCUUUUCACGUCUGACUUUUCUACAGAUAAAAUUCAGUAUCCAUACAAACUGUUACUAUUUCGAUUGUUAUUGUAAGCUUGUAAGCACUCUCACCGUAAAUUGCGUGCCGUAAAAAGUCCAUAAUUCUUUGUUCUAAUUUUUAAAAGUCUCCAGUCCCUAUCAUAAAGAUUAAAAAUUAAAUUGAACUUUAUUUAUUUCCAAUAGAUAUACAUAAUUAUUACCUUAAUUGAGUACAAAGUAAUGGUGUUAAUUAUAACAUUAAAAUACAAAUGUCAUAUAAAAAUAAUAUGAACUACACACACUAUAUAGACCUACACUAAGACAGAUUGUAUCAUAGGACCUAAUAUACCAAACUAAAUGUACAAUACCUGCUAUACCAAAGAGUAUAUUCAGUUCAGUUCUUCUAUUCAGCUUAACAAGUUCUGGUUAUGUUCUAUUUAGCUGAUUUUUCAGUUGAAAUUACUGAAAAUUUAAAAUAGCUAGCAUUCGGCCCGCGCCCGCGACCCGAGGUGUUCCCGUACCCGUUAAAUUUCCGGGAUAAAAACUCCUGCGUCCUUUCUCGGGUUUCCAACUAUCUCUGUACCAAAUUUCAACAUGAUCGGUUUAGCCGUUCUUGAGUUAUAAAUAGUGUAACUAACACGACUUUCUAUAAAUGUAAGAAAAACAUUUUCGUCAUAAACUGUUAGAUAGGUUUAUAUAUUUAUAUGUGACUAUCGCUAUAGACAUAAAACUGGCCAAUACUAUUUAAAUUUCUCAUUAGUAAAUGCUCACUUAUUAAUAGUAAAAUAAGUUUAAUUUUAACGCUUUAUAAGUCUCCCAAUUACUAUAUUUAUAGGUUUUCUACAUUAGAUUCUUGUCAUCAGACUUUCUAAGACUUUUAACAAUUACGUUGAUUUAGCUUAAAUGCGUUCAAGGAAAUUAAUUAGCUCUGUAUUCAGUGUAUAAAUUUGUUUGCAUUUCAAAUUUAUUACGCAUUGGCCUUGGACGUAGUAUUAAUUUUAUCUGAAUUAUGUAAAUGUAAGUAGAAUGUAAGUGUUAUUAAAAUUAUGGUUUUGAAAUGAGUUUUUCGGGAUAUAUAUUUUUCAUGUAAAUAAAUAGACUAUAUUGAGUUCUCCCUGAAUAAUUUGAUGAUAUUGUACAUUGUUAUUACUUGUAGUUGUUAUUUUUAUUGUAUUCCUGCGUAUAAAUUAUAAGAUAUGAUGAAUAAAUGAAUUAAAUUGG